AUGGAAGAGCCACGGCCGCAGGUGGAACGGGCUCCCUUUCCCGCUGCCUCCAAGACCACUUCCGCCGUCAUCAACGAUGUUCUCACGACUGUCACUCGAAUGUCCUUCUCCGACAAACUCCUACUCACCAUCACCCCAGCCUCUGGCAAGCUAUCCCACUGGGUCCAUGUCCCGCUCGCCACCUCCGCCAACCCACUCGACACCUCCUUCAACGCCCCCUCCAAUGCUGGCGGCGCAGACUCCAACGCUCUACUGCCGCGGUCAGACCUCACCGCUACUACCGUAUUCGGUGGGACGAAACGGGAGGAGGAAGUGAUAGGCCAGACGCUGGCGACGACUCUGGCCAGUGCAAUCUUGCACAAGCGACCCAGCGAGGAGCGGUUGUUGGUGCUGGGUCUGGGCCUGCAGGGCGUGAUUGAGGGUGAAGAAGGGCGCGAGUGGUUCGAGGAGGUCCACUAUGAGGCUCAAGUCUUCACCGACCAGGCUAUGAGUACCGGACGGGCGAGGAGGAAGGCGGCUUUGAGUGCUGGCACCGCACUCGUCCGCACGGACUUUGGUCCAAUGCGCACAUACAGCGGUGGUAAUGAUGAUUAA